AUGGCGGGAAAGUACUCUGUGGACAUGCUGGCAGGCAGACAACAGGCUGAGAAGAUAGUGUGUCAACGGAGAGGGGGUCAGGACAAUCCCCAACUAUCUGAGGAUGGAGACAUUAUACUAGGGGCAAUCUUCUCUUUCCACUUCAGCUGGAAAGUCAGACAGGAUACUUACAUGCACAAGCCACUGCCACCUGAAUGCAUCAGUCUGAAUUUCAUAGAGUUCCAGUGUGCCCAGGCUAUGAUUUUUGCUAUUGAGCAGAUUAAUAACAGCACAGAUCUACUACCUGGCAUCUCUCUGGGCUAUAAAAUGUAUGAUUCCUGUAGUUCUAUUGCCAGAAGUGUGAGAGUUGCACUGGCCUUGGCCAAUGGUAAUGAAGUUGUGUCUGAACUCACUGAGGCACCAUGUACCAGACCUGCACAAGUGCAGGCCAUAAUGGGAGCAUCGUCUUCCUCUACUAGCAUGGCUAUAGCCACUGUCAUUGGACCCUUUCAUCUCCCACUGAUCAGUGCCUUUGCCACCUGUGCUUGUCUCAGUGACAAAACCAAAUACCCAUCCUUCCUCAGAACAGUACCCAGUGACUACUAUCAGAGCAGAGCCCUGGCCCAGUUGGUCAAGCACUUUGGUUGGACUUGGGUUGGAGCUAUUAGAAGCAAUGAUGAUUAUGGCAAUAAUGGCAUGGCUACAUUCACAGAAACUGCACAGCAGCUGGGCAUCUGUCUGGAGUAUUCUCUGAGCUUCCUGCUGCUCUUCUCCUUGACUCUGUGUUUCCUGUGUUCUCUGACCUUCAUCGGCCGGCCCUCUGAGUGGUCCUGCAUGCUGCGACACACAGCAUUCGGCAUUACCUUUGUCCUCUGUAUCUCUUGUGUUCUGGGGAAAACUAUAGUGGUGUUAAUGGCCUUCAGGGCUACACUUCCAGGCAGUAAUGUGAUGAAAUGGUUUGGGCCUGCACAGCAGAGACUCAGUGCUGUGGCUUUCACUUUCAUCCAGGUUGUUAUAUGUAUCCUCUGGUUAACUAUUUCUCCUCCUUUUCCAUUUAAGAAUUUUACCCAGUUCAAGGACAAAAUCAUCUUAGAGUGUGCUCUGGGAUCAGCUGUAGGCUUUUGGGCUGUACUUGGGUACAUAGGCCUUCUGGCCAUCUUAUGUUUUAUUCUGGCUUUUCUGGCUCGAAAACUGCCUGAUAACUUCAAUGAGGCCAAACUGAUCACCUUCAGCAUGCUGAUAUUCUGUGCAGUUUGGAUCACUUUUAUGCCAGCAUAUGUCAGCUCUCCUGGGAAGUUCAGUGUUGCUGUAGAGAUAUUUGCUAUUCUGGCCUCCAGUUUUGGACUGCUCAUUUGUACUUUUAUUCCAAAAUGUUAUAUUAUCUUACUGAAACCAGAGAAGAAUACAAAGAAGAAUAUGAUGGAGAAAGGGGCAUCAAAGUCAUUCUGA